AUGUCCGGUGCUGAUAUGUGUGUGGAAUGCGGGCCUUGGGAUACGGAGGGCGGGGAAGUCGCAUGUCAGGUCUGCGGGACCGUCGAUCUGGCGAAGAGCGCGGCUCUCAACCUGCGCGACACUGUUGAUGGGUAUACGGUUGGAGGCGGGUUUAGGCCGUUUGGGAACUCGGGGACGGCGAAGGAUCAGCAGCGUGAGGCUGCCGAGCGCCGCUUCAAGGAUCUCAUGGGGCGCAAAGCCAUCGACUGGCUCUUCACCCAACCCAACAUCCUCGGGCUCCCGUCACGGAACAACCCCCUCGGCGAGGCCGACCCCUCCAACCCCUUCGUCAAGUCUGUCAUGGCAUUUUACUUUCAGAUCCGGAAAGCCGACAGCUUGCAAGCCGAAGCCGAUGGCAAACAGCACACUGGCGAGACCGUCAACGCCGACACCAAGCGGGUCGGCUAUCACCUCGCAGUAGCGAUUCGGUUUGCGGCGAUUCAGAAUAAUCUGAGGUUGGCGUAUAAUAAGCUGGGGAAUGCGGGGAAGGAGACUUUGCCUAAGGCUAUAGAAGGUGUGAGGCCGGCGGUGGAUAUGGUGAUACCCAUACCAUACCCCAAGGACAUGAUUGCAAAUAUGCUGUCGUCCAAUCCCGAACACAUCAACCCUAUUGGCGAUGUCAAGGUCUUGUUGCGGGUCUACAGGACCCACAUACGGCUGCUCAAACGCCCCUCGGACCCGCUCUACCUCAACCUGUCAAAUUUCCUCCUCGUCAUCCAGCGCCUCCGGGCCAUCGUCGACGCCAAAACACACGAAGACCGGCGGCCCAUGCUUUGCUACAAGCAAAAGUCCAACAAGCUCUACCGUGUGUGGGACCCCGACGACUUUGACUACUUUAAGGAGGACGCCCUGGCGACCGACAAGGGAUGGGACGAGGUCUUCCUUGUCAGCUACAAUCUUUAUCGCGCUGGCCAGUGCGUCGGAAUCCUCAACAGCAAGACGUCCUACCUCUACGCCAUUCCCCUCGUCUUUACCGCCGUAUCGGGCGUCGUCGGUUCCAUCUACCCCUACAUGAUGCCGCUCUUCGCCGAGCUGUGCGCGCAAUACGGCGGUUCCGGUCAUUGGACCUCGCAAAAGGCCCUUCAUUCGAUGAAGCGUAUGAUCAUUGCUUGGUCAACGUCCUUCCAGGACGCCGGGGUGCAAGUCCCUUCGCUGAACCUGCCCAACCGGGGGCUGGUCGGGAAAGGGACAACGGGAUGGAAUGGGGAUGCCAGGCGGGGCGUGCCAGAGCUGGAGAUGUGGGUGGUAGCGAUCAAGACGGUCGCGUAUAAUUGGAAGGCGAUCUAUAAGGCUCGCCUUCGGACCCGGCACGGUGCAAUAGCGUACAGCGUUGAGGUAGCAAUGGCUCAAAAGCUGUUUGCAGGCGUGACGGGUGAUCUGCGUGUCAAGGGGCGAUCAGAUACUGGGUUGUCGGCGCGCGCCAAGUUGCUCAAGCAGUAUGCGGACCAGGCGGCGGCAAGGGAGAGGAGCCAGGAGACCUCGGGGACGACCACACCCAGCACCGGUCACAACUCGGACGACGCGGAAAUGAGCUUGGUCAAUGAGCGAGAGCCACACCGCGACCCAUCUUCGAAUGCGGAAGAUAUGGAUAGGCGGUACGAGGAGCUGGAGAGGCGGCGGGAAUCGACUGGAGUCGCGCAGUGGAUCGAGGGAGAGCAGUCGUCUGAUGAGGAGAACGCGUAUGACUCGGACGAUGACUGCAUCCAGCCCGCGCUUCGGCUCAAGGGGAUGGGGGGUAAGACUGCCCCCGCGUACUUCGGCGGCUUCACGGUCGGACCGAGCGGACUUGUCCGGGAGGCCAUCGACGCGCCGAGGGACGAGUACCUCUACAACGUGGACGACUACUCGCCGAUGAUGUCUCGCAGCGGAUCCCAAACGUCCAGUAUCGGGUCGGUAUCGACCGCGGAUCGCCACAUGCGCAGAGGCAAGAGCACGAGUAUCCCUCCUGUCGCUCGUCUCGACAUACCCCGGGCGAAUCGAUUCCACUCUCCCGCCGUCUCGGUCUCUACGCUACAUUCUAUGGGCUCCGUACCCGGUAGCACCUUUGCGUCUACUCGUCGAAGCAGUACCGACUCGCUCUCCACCCUCGCCGAGGACGACCUCCCCGUCCCAAUCGUCAAAGGCAAAAUGCCAAACUUCGUGCCUAGACCGUCCCGGCCGGUAUCGGACAUGGAUCCCGCCCGGGCACAUAUCGGGAUGCUCAUUCGGGAGCUGGUGGAAUAUGCACCAGAAGGGCCGCGCGAUGAGCGGCGAUCAGGGAAGAUGGUCUCGCGCGCUGUCGAGGAGUAUGUCAAUGAGUGGGUGGAAAGGGAGAUGGCCAAGGAGACUAUUCCGCGCAAGAUCACUCCGGCGUACCUCGCGUCUAUCGGUCUCAAGGGGAAGAAUCCUCUCCUCGAUCCGCUCUCCUCCUGGAUAUCUGCGCAGGAACAUCGGUGGUCCCCCCUCGAGUGCGUCCUUCGGGCGGGCAUUCACAUUCGACAACUCCCAACCUGGAUGGUUCCUCACUCCAAACUCGGCGUCAUGCGGAUGCUUCAGCACCAGCCCAAACUCCCCGCUUUCGACGCCAUCCCAGAAUGUCCGCCCAUCCCCGACCGGUACAAAGCUGCACCUCAGACCUUUGACAAGGAGAUCCGUGCGCUGAAGGAUCAGUGGGACGGGGACGUGGCGGAUGGGUUCCCCAUCUUCUUCCCUGCGCACGAAAUGUUUGCGGUCGGGGCGGACGCGGACGAGCUGUUUAGCGAUGGCGAGAUGGACAUGUACCUGGCGGACGAGGCGGAGGUGGCGGAACGUCAAGCCGACAAGGACUUUAUGGACCUUAUUGGCGCGAUGGACGAGGGCGCUGAGAGUCCGCGCGGGCGGAACCUCGAGUUGAAGCGCAAGAAGAGGCAGACGAAAAAGGAGCUUGCUGCGUCGAUGACUGCCGUCUCGAGCGAGUUUUUGGGGUAUCAGCGGGCGAUGCAAGGAGGGGACGAGGAGUGGGCGGAUACGGGGAUGCAGAUGGAUAUGGACAUGGAUAUGGAUAUGGGCAGCGACGUGGAGCUGCAGGAGGGGGAAGAGGAGGAUGAGCAGAUGGAGGAUAGCGAUGAUGAUGAUGACGGGGUGGAUUGGUUUGAUGAGAGUAUUAAUUGGGCGGCGGUGGCUAGGAAGAAGGCAAAGAAGAGGGCGGCGGAGGAGGCGGAGCGGUGGCCGGCAAAGAGGCGCAAGAAGGCCACGAAGGCCACGGUCAGCGUGAUUGCGACAGCUAAGCCGGUGCCGACGUACCGCCAACCUAUCACUGCGCCGGCUACCAUCCACGAGUUCGAGCGGCAGGCGGCCACAUACGGUACUGGCGGUAAUCCUACCUACCAGCCUGGCUCCCCCAUGCCAGCGACUAUCCAGGACUUCCUCGAUCGGGUUGGAAACCAAUCUGCGCAGUACGGCCCUCAUCUUCCUCCAAGCAUCCAGUCCAGCGUCACUCUCCCUCCCACUGUCCAGCCGAGCUUGUCUCAGCGGAGCCCGGCUUCUUCCAGCUCGCAAGCGGCAUCACGGUCCAGCUCCACCGUGCCGAAUGUCUCCCAGGCCAGCGUCGAUCUUCCACCCACCAUCCAGUUGAGGCCACCUCAGCGCGGCGGCCUUUCUCCGGGCGGAUCAACGGGAGCGGCAUCACGCUCCAGCUCCACCGUGCGAGACGACACCUACAUGGACUCGCCGGCCAUCCCAAAUCCGUCCCCGUUGAUCGCACCGAGGAGCAUGCUGCACCUUCUCAACCCCGUCGACUCUCCUUCUACCGUCCAAGUUCCCCUUCCCAGCGUCCCCUUACGAACUCAACCCAACGCCUCUGCCGGAGCUUCUCGCGCGGCGACACCGCUCGUCCAGCGCGCGAUGUCCAGUAACCCAUCGCGGACCCCAGCCAACGCCGUCGCGGGUCCCUCGCGCGCACCUUCCAGUACUUUGGCCACGACUGGCAAGAAGACUGCCGCCACGACCGCGGCAUCCGGCCCUGCCAAAGCCCCGGCCAAGACCACCUCCACAGCCACUCGUCCCUCCCCUCCCCCACGCAACAUCCCCUGCGUCCAGACCCGGCUCAUGGAGCUCGAUACCCGUCGCCUCAAUGCCAACCGGCGAGAAAUUGUCCUCAUCCAGGUCAGAUGGAUGUCGCUGCGCCUGGACAUGCUUAAGGGGCGGCCGGCCUCUACUGUGGAGACGGCCAGUAUGCGAGGGUCGGAUCGGCGCGAAAUUGACCCCGAGAUUCUCAGGAACGACGUGAAUGUGCUCAAGGCGGAACGGGACAGGCUGGUGGCUGAGAUCCCGGCGCUCAAGGCGGAAACCAAGCAGAUGAAGCCUGACUACAAGGCGGUCCAGGUAGAGGUGGAGGCUUGGGCGAGCAAACUUCGGAUCCCUCGCCGGGAUCUGGGGUAUGAUUACGAGUGGAAGACGCCCAAGGGGGAGUUUGGGCCUACCGGGAUCGAGGCGGCGUGCAAGUGGGCAAGAAGAAAGACCAAUUAG